UGCAGCACUGAGGCAGCGCCGCGGCGGAGGCUGCAGCGCCACGGCCGCCGCAGCACGGUCCGGGGCUGGGAGGGGGCGGCCGAGGAGAGCUGGGGGGCCUGGGCCGAGGAAGCCGGACCCAGUGCCGGGGCAUGAGGAGCUGAGCGUCUGGAACGAGGCGGGCUGACGGCAGCACCAUGCGGGCGGCUGCGGCUGCGUCCGUGCCCUUCCUGCUGCUCUGCGCCCUGGGGACCUGCCCCCCGGCGCGCUGCGGUCGGGCAGGAGACGCCUCGUUGACGGAGCUGGAGAGGAGGAACGAAAACCGCUUCCUGGAGCGCCAGAGCAUCGUGCCACUCCGGCUCCUCUACCGCUCGGGCGGCGAAGACGAAACUGGACACGACGCGCUCGACACGCGGGUGCGGGGCCCCCCCGGCGGCGCGCAGUUGACUCAUGUUGACCAGGCAAGCUUCCAGGUUGAUGCCUUUGGAACAUCCUUUAUUCUCGAUGUCGUGCUAAACCACGACUUGCUGUCCUCUGAAUACGUAGAGAGACACAUCGAACAUGGAGGGAAGACUGUGGAAGUUAAAGGAGGAGAACAUUGCUACUACCAGGGCCAGAUCCGAGGAAACCCAGCCUCAUUUGUUGCAUUGUCAACAUGCCAUGGACUUCAUGGGAUGUUCUAUGAUGGGAACCACACCUAUCUCAUUGAGCCAGAAGAGAAUGACACCUCCCAAGAGGAUUUCCAUUUUCAUUCGGUUUACAAAUCCAGACUGUUUGAAUUUCCCCUGGAUGAUCUGCCAUCUGAAUUUCAGCAAGUACAUAUCACUCCACCAAAAUUUGUUUUGAAGCCAAUACCAAAAAGAGCUAAACGGCAGCUUCGUCGACAUCCUCGUAACGUAGAGGAGGAGACCAAAUAUAUUGAACUGAUGAUUGUCAACGAUCAUCUCAUGUUUAAAAAACAUCGGCUUUCAGUUGUGCAUACCAAUACAUACGCAAAAUCUGUGGUGAACAUGGCAGAUUUAAUAUAUAAAGACCAACUGAAGACCAGGAUAGUGUUGGUUGCCAUGGAAACUUGGGCAGCUGACAACAAGUUUGCCAUAUCUGAAAAUCCACUGAUCACCCUACGUGAGUUUAUGAAAUACAGGAGGGAUUUUAUCAAAGAGAAAAGUGAUGCAGUUCACCUUUUUUCGGGAAGUCAAUUUGAGAGUAGCCGGAGCGGGGCAGCUUAUAUUGGUGGGAUUUGCUCGUUGCUGAAAGGAGGAGGCGUGAAUGAAUUUGGGAAAACUGAUUUAAUGGCAGUUACACUUGCCCAGUCAUUAGCUCAUAAUAUUGGUAUUAUCUCAGACAAAAGAAAGUUAGCAAGUGGUGAGUGUAAAUGUGAGGACACGUGGUCUGGAUGCAUAAUGGGAGACACUGGGUAUUAUCUUCCUAAAAAGUUUACCCAAUGUAAUAUUGAAGAGUAUCAUGACUUCCUGAAUAGUGGAGGUGGUGCCUGCCUGUUUAACAAACCUUCUAAGCUUCUCGAUCCUCCUGAGUGUGGUAAUGGCUUCAUUGAAACUGGAGAGGAGUGUGACUGUGGGACUCCUGCAGAAUGUGUCCUUGAAGGAGCAGAGUGUUGUAAGAAAUGCACCUUGACUCAAGACUCUCAAUGCAGCGAUGGUCUUUGUUGUAAGAAAUGCAAGUUUCAGCCUAUGGGGACUGUGUGCCGAGAAGCAGUAAAUGAUUGCGAUAUUCGUGAAACAUGCUCAGGAAAUUCAAGCCAGUGUGCCCCAAAUAUUCAUAAAAUGGAUGGAUAUUCAUGUGAUGGUAUUCAAGGGAUUUGCUUUGGAGGAAGAUGUAAAACCAGGGAUAGACAAUGCAAAUACAUCUGGGGGCAAAAGGUGACGGCAUCAGACAAAUACUGCUAUGAGAAACUGAAUAUUGAAGGCACGGAGAAGGGUAACUGUGGGAAAGACAAAGACACGUGGAUACAGUGCAACAAACGGGAUGUGCUUUGUGGUUACCUUUUGUGCACCAAUAUUGGUAAUAUCCCAAGGCUUGGAGAACUUGACGGUGAAAUCACAUCAACUUUGGUUGUGCUGCAGGGAAAAACAUUAAACUGCAGUGGUGGGCAUGUGAAGCUUGAGGAAGAUGUAGAUCUUGGCUAUGUCGAAGAUGGGACACCUUGUGGUCCCCAAAUGAUGUGCUUAGAACACAGGUGUCUUCCUGUGGCUUCCUUCAACUUUAGUACUUGCUUAAGCAAUAAAGAAGGCACUGUUUGUUCAGGCAAUGGAGUUUGCAGUAACGAGCUGAAGUGUGUGUGUAACAGACACUGGGUGGGUGCAGACUGCAGUACUUACUUCCCUCACAAUGAGGACUCCAAGACUGGCAUUACUCUGUCUGGCAAUGGUGUUGCUGGUACCAAUAUCAUAAUAGGCAUAAUCGCUGGCACCAUCUUGGUGCUGGCCCUCAUAUUAGGAAUAACUGCGUGGGGUUAUAAAAAUUACCGAGAACAGAGACAGUUACCCCAGGGAGAUUAUGUAAAAAAGCCUGGAGAUGGUGACUCUUUUUAUAGCGACAUUCCUCCCGGAAUCAGCACAAACUCAGCAUCUAGUUCUAAGAAGAGGUCUGCUUUUCUGUCGCAUUUUCAGAUUUCUGCCUGUUCCAUCACACAUUAUUCCAUUAGUCAGAACAUUUCAUUAUUUUGCAGCAGGUCUAAUGGGCUUUCUCAUUCUUGGAGUGAAAGGAUCCCAGACACAAAACAUAUUUCAGACAUCUGUGAAAAUGGACGACCUCGAAGUAACUCUUGGCAAGGUAACCUGGGAGGCAACAGAAAGAAAAUCAGAGGCAAAAGAUUUAGACCUCGGUCUAAUUCAACUGAGAGGGAGCCCCAAGCACCUGAGCCUGGGCACUCCCUCGCCCAGACAGUCCCAUCCCAAGGCAUAAGCCCAGGGGGCUCUGACAGCCCCCAAACAGGGAGUCUGGAUCACAGGUAUUUAAACCCAUGGUUCAAAAGAGACUAUAAUGUAGCUAAGUGGGUAGAAGAUGUGAAUAAAAACACUGAAGGACCAUACUUUAGCUCUCAAGAUGGCCAGCGUCAGGAAGACAGGACUCUAUCUCCUGCCAAGUCUCCUUCCUCAUCAACUGGGUCUAUUGCCUCCAGCAGAAAAUACCCAUACCCAAUGCCUCCACUUCCUGAUGAAGAGAAGAAAGUGAACCGACAAAGUGCCAGGAAGCCCAGCCUCACGGAAGCACUGCAAAUCUCUCUGCUCUUCAGACAGUACAGACCCUCUGAGACGCCACAGGGGAGACGAAGCCGAGUUUCACAUCUGGAUACCAUUUUCUUUUUGUCACUGGCUUAGGAGUUAACUGAACCAUGAAAAGAACUACUGAAAUGUUACACUAUAACAUGGAACAGUAAAGGUACUGGUAUGUUAGUGGAUAAUCCGCAUGACAGAUAUAUGUAGAAAUCUCACUAAAAUUAACUCAAAUGACCCAAAUGUAGCAAGUUUCCUAAGGGACAAUAGUGGAUUCAGAACUGGCAUUCUGAAGCACAUCCUCAUUGUAGACAGUAAUGCUAUGUGCAUGAAGCUUCUGUUUAUUGCUUUCCACAUUUAAGGAAACAACAUCCCAUAAUAGAAACUAGCAUGCAGGGCUAAGGCAUAUAGGAUUUUUCUGCAGGACUUUAAAGCUUGAGAGGCCAAUAUCCCAUAUGCGAACUCUAAACAUGUAUCUUUAUUUUUGUUUUGUUUUUUUACUUUUCAUAUUUAUAUCAGCAUACAAGGACAAUUGUACAUAUGUAAACAUUUUUAAAAUAAAAAGAAAGGAACUGUUACACACAAGUAUAUUUUGCCAAAUGCCUAAACAUAAUCAGUAACAGUCACAUCGUCGUCAUCCAUCAAAUCGUCUUUAAAGAUUAUAAGCAGAUGAUGUUGUAAAUAUAGUGGUCAGUGCCCUAAGUGUGUCUCUCUCUAAUUGGUAUUCGUCCUCCAAAACAUGCGAUAUCUUUUUAAACUGUGCACAGUCUGGAGGCAGUUUUAUUGAGUAAUUGAACCAGAGAACAAAAUGCCCAGCAAACCUGGGGCUUCCACGCUUGCUGGGGCAGGGGUUCAGGAGCGUAGCCUCUCUGCAGCCUCCGGGCACUCUGAUGCUGAUGGCUGCUCCCCGGGAGUCCGCCAGCCAGUGCUGCCUCAGCAAGCUGUUCUCUCAGUAUCAGAGCACGGCUAGUCUCACCCUGGAGGCCCGUGGGCCCCUCAGCAGCAUGCCCUGCUGACCUUAAGCAAGUGUACCAAAGACACGUGAGACCAAGGGCCGCUAAUACAUUGGUGGCUUCCAACUUGCCAACACUCUAACCCUUUGUGGCCUCAAUUUUUGUUCUUUGACAAAACUUUUUUAGCUACCCUUAAAUGUAAGAUGAAUGACUUGUUUUAAUAAAGCCAACUUUUACACGA